UCAGUUAUAACGAUCAGUGUGUCGUUGACUUUCAUCAACACCGCGAGAAAUGUGGGCUACGGUCGUGUCUCUACAGUUAUUGGUCUUAUUUGUGAUAGCUUUCGAUGAUUUACAAGAUGCUAUCGAACACAGAGAACAACUGUUACGAAAAGAACUGGACAUGAUGUUAGGCAGUGAUAUAGUUUUAAGCGACAGCGAGCAGAAAGCAAACGAAAUUAUAAUGAAAUUGAAACAUCAUGAAUUAGAUGGUGGUCUAGAAAAUCCCGGACAAUUCAACGUAUCAAAACAUUUCUUUAGCUAUAAGGAUGAAAUAAAGAAAUCUCCACUAUUUCAUAUAUUGCGCCAAAUGCCUAAAGGCGCCUUGCUACAUACUCAUGAUACUGGAGUUUUAAGUCCGGAUUAUAAUUUAAAAUUGACUUAUAUGGAUAACUUGUACGUUUGCUUUGAAGAAAAUGAUAUCAGAUUCCAUUUUUCUCUGGAUACACCCAAAGAUACUUGUGAGACACGUUGGCAGUUGAUGAACGAAGCAAGAUUUUCCUCCGGUGAUGUGGAAAAGUUUGAUGCUGACAUAAGAAGUCAUUUUUCACUUGUUAUUGAUAACCCUCAUGAAGUAUACACCGAUAUCAACGCAGUUUGGAAAAGAUUUCAGUACUUUUUUAUUGCUACCCAUGGGCUCCUUACUUACAAACCCAUAUGGGAACAAUAUUUCUACGAUUCUUUGAAAGCUGUGAGAGAAGAUAACAUUAUGUAUUUGGAAGUCCGGUCUGUGCUGCCUGAGUUGUAUGACUUGUAUGGCAAUAAAUAUGAUGCGAUUGCUACAGCUCAAUCCUAUAAAGAUGUUUUAGAUAGAUUUAUGAAUGACUAUCCAGAUUUUUAUGGUGCUAAACUUAUAUAUGCUCCAUUGAGAUUAGUUGACCGCGCUACAAUAAGAGGAAAAUUAGAAAUCGCAAAAGAAAUAAAGAGGAAAUUUCCCGACUUUUUUGCUGGUUUCGAUAUUGUCGGCCAAGAAGAUUUAGGAGCUCCAUCGAAGACGUUUUUGCCAGAGUUUGUCGAAUAUUCUAACGAAGUGGAUUACUUCUUCCACGCAGGUGAAACUAAUUGGAACGGCAUGUCUACUGAUGAAAAUUUGUUUGAUGCCAUCUUGCUGGAUACUCGGCGAAUCGGUCACGCAUUUGCUUUGAUUAAACAUCCUCAUCUUUUGAAUGAAGUUGUUAGAAAAGAUAUUGGUUUAGAAGUAAAUGUAGUAUCAAAUUCUGUGCUUAAAUUAGUUGAAGAUGUGAGAAAUCAUCCGCUAGCUGCCUUUUUAGCUCAGAACCUGCCUGUGGUAUUAGGCAGCGAUGAUAAUGGUGUGUGGGAGUCUGAUCCAUUGACACACGAUUUUUACGUUGCAUUUCUGGGUGUGUCAAGCAGGCAUGCUGACUUACGCGUCUUGAAAAAAUUGGCUUUAAAUUCUCUAUACUACAGUGCAUACAAAAAUAAAGACAAAAUUGUACAUGAAUUUGAAAUAAGAUGGACACGCUUCAUUCAUGAUACUAUCAAAUAUUACCGCUAAAUAUUUCUUUAAAGGACUAUAAAGCUAAGCACUUUGUUUUUACAUUGGAUAUACGUUUAAAUCAUAAAACAA